GUGCUUCUAUUUUAUAGCUGUUUAUUGGCUGUCGUGGUUUCGUCAGGUUUACUGGGAAAAAUCGUACAAGCGACGUUGAGAUUUGCAAGAAAAUGAGUCUUCGAAAGCAAACGCCUAGUGACUUCCUGAAGCAGAUCAUUGGAAGACCAGUGGUUGUAAAAUUGAAUUCGGGGGUUGAUUAUCGAGGUGUACUUGCUUGCUUAGAUGGAUAUAUGAACAUAGCCGUUGAACAAACAGAAGAAUAUGUCAACGGGCAGCUGAAGAAUAAAUAUGGAGAUGCUUUUCUGCGGGGAAACAAUGUUCUGUACAUAAGUACUCAGAAGAGGAAGAUGUAAUGAAGAUUUAUUUGAUUAGUUUUUGAAAUGUUUUUUGUUUAAAUCCAGUUUCAGAAUUUGUGUUUGUGCAAGGAUUUUUUUUUUUGUUUUUGUCUGUCAAAUGUUAAGCUUAACAGUUGUAUUUUCUAAAAAUGUUAGCUGUUAUAUAAAAAUUAUUUUGUUCACCCUC